CUCCCGUCCGGGCGGGGAGGGGCGGGCCGCGGGUGGGGCGGCUGGGGCGGCCGGGCCUGCGUCGGGGACGGCCGGCCGGCGCCUGGGACCCGGAGGGGACUCUCGGGCCGAGACGGCAUGUGACACUGCCCAGGGCAGGAGAAGCUCUGUGGAGGCUGGUGGCCAGGCUGUACCCCAGGUGGCCUGGUAACAGAGGACAGGAGAGCGCACCAGGGGCUAGCAGUGCGGAUGGAGAGAUGUGCACAGACGUGAGGUGCAUAGGAGGGCUUCGCCCUGAUGCGGGCUGAGGAGCCCCCACUCAGGGCUUCGACCCCCAUCCCUGCCAUAGCAGAGCUCAGUGUUACCCCUGAAGCCCUCAGGGGGAGCAGUCAGACCGCCGCCUGGGGGCCCGAAGGUCGAGAAGGCUAGGUGCCAUCCUGUACCUGGGCAGAGCGACGCAGACUCUCGGAGACACAGCAGAGAGACCUGAGGGAUGUGGCCAGCUGUGCAGCUGAGAGCAUGACCUCGUUCCCCAAGGAAGCCUCUGCAGGUGCGGAGACCAACCAGGAGGACGCUGCGGGUGAGACCUGGGGCACUCCAGAGCAUCCGGAGGUGGCGCCCCAGAGCCCGGAGGACGGACGGGCAAGGACACGGGCUCCCGCAGAGCCCGGGGCCUGUCCUGCCCAGGAUGAACACCUGGACAUGGUCCCGGUCUCCAGUGAGCUGGGUGGCCGUGUGGAGAUGGAAUUUAGACCAGAACUCACUUCUUUGAUUUGGGGAACGGAACGUGCAGAAGAGAAGGGGGAGACUUUUCCAGACACCUCUGCUCGGCCCAGAUUUGGAGCUGCCUGGGAAGAGCAUCUGUCAGAAACCAACCAGCCGCGGGGCUCCGUCAGGCAGGGGGAAGAGCUGCGGUCUCUGGGGGCGCAAGAAGGUCAAGGGAGAGGGACACUCGAGGGGCUAGCGGAAGUGGGGUUCCAGGACGGAGGAACUGUCAGGGAGGGUGGGCGUGUAGGGGAGCAGGAGCCGGAGGAGGGGACGGAGGGAGGACACAGGCAAAGCCAGGAACAGACACCAGGUGAUGUGAUGCUCGCAAAACAGAGAGAAAGAACGAGGCUUUGUGGGGAAUUGGAAGGUCUGCGCUAUGGUGAGGAGGAGAGGAAGCCUCAGGGCCAGCGAGGUCUACAGCAGGGAGAGGAGGGGAGCAGGGCGUUAGGGGGGACAGAAGAGGGGAGCGUGGACGCCCCGUAUGAGGAGAAUCAAAGCCUGGUGGGGAAAUCAGGGAGAGUCACUGGAAGGCAAGAAGGUCAAGGUCUGCAGGGGCAAGUGAUGCCGGGGGAGGGGCAGGUAGAGGAGGCGGGGUCAAGUGAGGAGGAACCAGGGAGUUGGGUUGGGGACCCGCUGUGGGGAGAGGGCAGACGAGAGAGUACCAGAGAAGGGGAGGCCCAUGAUGGUGUUUCCACACUGGCUCUGGUAGCCCCUGAGGUCUCUUCUCCCUGUGACUUAUUUCUAGACGCCUGUUACCCCAUGACCAGUACUCCUGGGACUCAGAAGGAGCCUCGGGCUGAGGAACUAUCCCCUACAGCUCUGGGUCCUACACUGGAGCCAGGAGGAUGGUCCUGCCAGCCCGUUUCUUUACCUGGCUCUUUUCCUGCUGGGGAGUCACCUGACCAAGAAGCAGCUCAGGAUAGCCAGCAGGAGGGAUCUGAGCCUGGGAAGGGGACGGUGUUCGGCGUGGGGACUGAGAUGGCCUCUGCCAGUACAUCCGGGACUCCUCCAAGGACACCAGACUCCACUCCUUCCAGUCCUGCUGAAGUUUCCCCCAGCACAACUACAUCAUCAUCUGCCAGCUCCCCACUUGCCUCUCCCAGGAGGGAGCCGUCUCUUGCUGCACAUUCUCUAGAAACCUCCAGAGCAUCUGUUUGGACCAACAGGGCAUCUCACUGUGGGGCUUCGGAGACUCCCGCUGCUGCCCUCCAUGGCUUCCCCUCUGCAGAGGCUGCCGUGGAAAUCUCCACCAGCUCCAAUUGGACCAGCCCUCAGAGCCCCCCCAGCCACCCUACAGGGGCUGUCCAGCACCUGAGGAGCAACUCCUUCCCGGGCUCUCAUAGGACAGAGCCUACUCCGGACCUGCUGGGAAUAUCACUUUCCUUCUCCCAUUCAGAGUUGCCCCAGAGGCCCCCCAAACCUGCCGUCUCUGGCUCUGUGAUUCCAAGAAGGGACAGGAAAGGUGGUAGGGACCACAGGAUCAUUCCAGAAUCCCCUAGUUCAUUAUCCACUCCGGGGCAAGACUCUCAAGAAUUCACUUCAAAUCCAGAAAUGUCCAGCAGUCCCCACAGCAGCCAGCCGUGGGGCUCCCCACACACUUCAGCCUUUUCCCCAGGGCCUCCUGCCUAUGGCUCUUCCCCACCCCUUGUCUCUGUAGAUACGAGGAUCCAUGAACCUCUGCCCCCUCCUACCCCAGAGAAGAGGCAUGUCCAACCCUCCAUGGUGGAAAGAGACAGCCAUCUCCAUGCAGGGGUUUCCACACUGAAGCGGUGUGCCCAUCCUCUUCCAUUGGCCCCAGGUUUGGGGCUACAUGGCCCCCCCAAAGGCCCACUUCCCCCAGUUCCUGACCCCCUUGUGGCAAGGCAGCACCGACCUCUGCCCUCUAUCCCAGACACGCCCCACCCUCCUCAGACCUCGUUCUCCCGCAAACUGAGAUACAAUAAGCCAUUACCCCCAACCCCUGAUUUGUCCCAGUCCCACCAUCCUGUUUCUUUUAGUAGUGCAAGGAUCUACAGGCCUCUACCCCCUGUCCCUAUUAUGGAUCCCCCCACUGAACCACCCCCAUUACCCCCAAAGUCUAGGGGGAGGAGCAGGAGCACUCAGGGAGGACUCAUGAAUUCAGGGGGUCAGGGCAAGCCAAGUCCUGUUUGUCAAGAGUGGACAGUCUCCACUUCCCAUUCUGUUGGACGUACCUCCUGGCCCCCAGCUAUGGGUCGGUCGACAGACUCUUUGGCUUCUACCAGCAGGAAUAAGAGUGAAGUGUCCCCUGGCAUGGCUUUCAGCAACAUGGCAACCCUUCUGAGUCCCUCUUCCCCAACCACGCCCUGGAAUCUGGAGCUCCAGGGACCUGCCUCUGAACUAGGACCCUCAGAAGAGUCUGAGGCCCCUGCCAGAGGAUCUUCGAGAAGAACAGCCCCUCAGGAAGGAGCCAAUGGCCUGAGGAGGUUGGAUCGAGGCCAAGCAAGGCAGUCAGACAAACUCAGCCAUCCCCACCUGGAGAAGGCAUCCAGCUGGCCCCACAGGCGAGACCCAGGGAGACCCCCGGAGGGCGGCAGCGGGCAGGUUGCAGACCCUGGCGAGGGGUCCAGUAAGCACAAGGGCUGGAAUCGGCAAGGCCUGCGCAGGCCUUCUAUCUUGCCUGAGGGCUCUUCAGAGACGAAAGGUCCAGCCGUAGAAAAAUCCCCUGGCUCUUCAGACACCAUCGUUUUUCGGGAGAAGAAACCAAAGGAGGUGUUGGCAGGCUUUUCAAGACGCUGCUCGAAGCUCGUCAACUCCUCCCAUCUGCUUUACCAGGAGUACAGCGAUGUGGUUCUGAACAAGGAGAUUCAGAGCCAGCAGCGGCUGGACAGCCUGGGAGAGGCGCCCGGGCCCGCCUCCCCCCGGCAGCCCCGGAGGGCCCUGGUCUCCUCGGAGUCUUACCUGCAGCGCCUGUCCGUGGCCUCCAGCGGCUCCCUCUGGCAGGAGAUCCCGGUGGUGCGCGAUAGCACCGUGCUACUCUCCAUGACCCACGGAAACCAAAAACUGCAGGAGGCCAAAUUCGAGCUGAUUGUGUCAGAGGCCUCAUACCUGCGCAGUCUGCAUGUGGCAGUGGACCAUUUCCAGCUUUCCGCCCCACUGCGGGCCACCCUUACCAACCAAGAAUACCAGUGGCUCUUCUCUCGUUUACAGGACGUGCGUGAAGUCAGCACCACGUUCCUUUCAGACCUGGAGGAGAACUUCGAGAACAACAUCUUCACCUUCCAAGUGUGCGAUGUGGUCCUGAACCAUGCCCCCAACUUCCGCCGGGUCUACCUGCCUUACGUCACCAACCAGACCUACCAGGAACGCACCUUCCAAGUCCUGCUGAACAGCAACAGCAGCUUCCGGGAGGUUCUGGAGAAGCUGGAGAGCGAUCCUGUCUGCCAGCGCCUUUCCCUCAAGUCCUUCCUGAUCCUGCCUUUCCAGCGCAUCACCCGUCUCAAACUGCUGCUUCAGAACAUUCUGAAGAGAACACAGCCUGGCUCUUCAGAGGAAGCAGAAGCCACCAAGGCACAUCAUGCCUUGGAGGAGCUGAUCCGAGACUGCAACAACAAUGUCCAGAGGAUGCGCCGGACAGAGGAGCUCAUCUACCUGAGCCAGAAGAUUGAGUUUGAGUGCAAAAUAUUCCCGCUCAUAUCGCAGUCACGCUGGCUGGUGAAGAGUGGAGAGCUGACGGCCCUCGAGUUCAGUCUCUCCCCAGGGCCGCGAAGGAAACUGAACACGCGUCCAGUUCACUUGCAUCUCUUCAACGACUGUCUGUUGCUGUCUCGGCCCCGAGAGGGUAGCCGGUUCCUGGUAUUCGACCAUGCUCCCUUCUCCUCCAUCCGAGGGGAAAAGUGUGAAAUGAAGCUACACGGACCUCACAAAAACCUCUUCCGGCUCUUCCUGCUGCACAACGCACAGGGCACCCAGACUGAGUUCCUCUUCAGCACAGAGACCCAUCAAGAAGGACAAAGUGAGCGAGACAACAGAGAAGAGACGGGCUGGUAUGGAGUAACUAAAGAAUUGAAUUACUGACGUCCACGAGUCAUGUGUAUAAGCCAGAAACUCUUCAGUGCCGAAGGCUGGUGGACACUUUGUGACUAAGACAAGCACUGGGGUGUCUUUAGCUUUCCUCCCUCCCACUUUCCAACCCAGGCCUCUGUUGAGCAGAAAUCCAUAGUGUUGACAACUGUGAUUUGCUCAUGUUUUUAGUAAUAAUAAUAAUAAUAAUAUACAUUAUUAUAUAUUAUAAUAUAUUAUGUUAUAUAUUUUAUAAUAUAUCAUAUUAUAUAAUUACAUUAUUAUAAUAAUAUAAUGCACACACAUUUUGGGGAGUAUUAAAAAUAAUACCUAUAAAAUGUAGUAACGGUGCCUAAAACAAUGAACAAACUAUAAGCUCAUAGCUGUUGCUGCUGUUACAAGAGAUACAAGAAGCCUCUCCCUUUAAAGGUUUGACACGAUGCCAAACGGACUGAGGAUUGAUCCCUAUGUUGUAGAUACUUUUCCGUUUUGUCUCUUGGAAGACAUCUCCGGGUAGGAUCGACCUUACCCGUCUUCACUUAUGGAAUAGAGGGGCUGGUACAGGGGUUUGUAUGCAAACUGUGACCACAGUCAGAUAGUCAGUUACAGACUCCUGUUCUUUGUUUAGUAUUUGGGGCAGCCUCUUCCUGGAAUAGAAAUAGUGUCAGCUCUCAAUUACUCCAGCGUUUUUGGAAGCAGAGGCUAAGAUAAUGCAAAAUCCUUCAGAUGAUUACAAAAUCAGCUUGGGUUAUAUUGCAUGACCAAAAAAAAAAAAAAAAAAAAAAAAGCACAGAUAUCUCCCUGAUCUAAUUGUGAUUACAAAAUAUUUUUCAUCUCUGAAGUAUUUGAAGGAAGGGAGGUUGGGAGUAGAGUGUAGAGAAUUCUGCAGAGUGAUAGUGGGGAUCUAAACUAAGAUGGACAUCUUGCUUAUUACAAAAUGGAAAAUUCAUGUGUCUAAUUGACAGCUGACAUUAUGUCCCCACUUGAAAGAUA